GUAGUCUAGUAUUCCCUCACGAUUGUUUAACUAGUGUUUCAGGUUGUUAUAGUAGCUGUUGUACUGUAGUGUUGUUUAGUGUUAAUAUAGUGUAAUUAUAUAAACAUGAGUAGUGUAGGGGAGUUAACAAAGGUUGGACAGAUGUUAGGUUAUGAAGGAGAGGAGUUACGUAACUUUAUUAAGGAAGAACAGGCUAGGAAACGUGAGGAAAGACAUAGUAGAUUAGAGGCAGAGAAAGAUAGAUUAGAAGUAGAGAAAUUAAGAGCAGAGGCAGAGACGGAAAGGUUAGAAGCAGAGAAAGAAAGAGAGAAAGAUAGGUUAGAAGCUGAGAAAUUAAGAGUAGAGGCAGAGACGGAAAGGUUAGAAGCAGAGAAGGAAAGAUUAGAGUUAGAAUCUAGGUUACAGAAAGAAAAGAUAGAAUAUGAACGACAAAGUAUCUUAAGAGCUGAGAAGGAAAGAUUAGAGUUAGAAGCUAGACUACAGAAGGAAAAUAUAGAAUAUGAACGUAAGUUAGAACUAGAUAAGUUAGAAUAUGAAAAGGAGAAGUUAAUGUUAGCUAGGAAGUUAGAAACAGGGAAGGAGGAAGCAGAAAGUAGGAAAUUAGAAACAGAGCAUAAGUUUAAGAGAGACUUAGAAACGAUGAGUAAGAAAAAGGUAAAGGUUAAGAUGUCUCCCUUUGAUGAGAAAAUUGAUUCCAUGGAUGCAUACUUGAAUGCGUACGAAACGUACGCUGUUGCGCAGGAUUUUGAUAAAGAGACAUGGUCAAUAAUCUUACCGUUCCUUCUUAAAGGUACGGCGAGAGAGGUUUUUGAUAGGCUUCCGUCAGAAGACCGGAAGGACUAUGAUAAACGGAAGGCCGCUUUGCUACGUCAGUUCGAACUCACUGACGAUGGCUAUCAGAAAAAGUUUAGAACAGAAAGGCCCCGUGAUAAUGAGACCUUUGUGAUGUUUUAGCCAGAAUAAGUAGGUAUUUAGACGGUUGGCUAAGGUUAAGUAAGGUAGAAAAAACUUACGAAGGGUUGUUAGAUUUUAUGCUUAGGGAUCAAUUCUUAUAUGUAUGUAACAGAGAACUAUAUCAGAAUUUGAUUAGUAAGAGGUUAGUUAAAGCUAGGGAUGUUUGCAAAGACCCGUGGAGGUCCCAAGUAUGUCGUGAAUCGAACCAAUAACGACCGAAGCCAUAAACCAUAUGAAAUACCUCAGAGACAGUUUCCUAUUAAUCGUAAUGCAGGCAAUAGUAAUAGAGGUAGUAGUAAUGGUGCAAAUAGAGGUAGAGGUUAUCAACCCUUUGGUGUACUGAAGUGUACUAAUUGUGGUCAUAUAGGACAUAGCUCAUAUUACUGUAGGAUUGAAAAGUCCAAUAAUAGUGCUAAUGCAACAGCAGAGGUAGAGGUAGAGCAGGAACAGGAAAAUAGUAAAGGGGAGAAUAGAGUUAGCAAGGAAAAUAGAAAUAGAGGUACAGGUAGUAAUCAAACUAGAAGUAGAGGUAGAGGAAGAAAUAGAGAUAGAGAUAGGAGCAAGUCAAAUAGGUCGGAGAGUGGAAAUAGUAUUUUAGAACUCAGUGAUGUUGAGGAGUUAGGUACGCUUAGUGUAAGUACAUGUCCUACAUUACCCGGCACUUGUAAUGGUAGGGAUGUAAUCGCUAUGCGAGAUACAGGUUGUACAUGUGUGAUAGUGAAACGGGAUUUAGCUGAAGCAAGGUAGUUUGUAGAGAAAACCCGUAGAUGUAAGUACAUAGAUGGGAGUGAACACAGGCUAGAUGUAGCUAGAGUACAUAUUGAUUGUCCGUAUUUCAAGGGUACAAUAGAGGCGUUGGUUGUAGAUAAUCCUACCAAUGAUGUUAUAAAUUGUAAUGUAGAGGGAGCUGUAGAACCUUAGUUUAGUAGCUUAGCGUCAGCAGUAGAAAUUAGGGCGCAAGCCAAAGUUAAGAAGCAAAUAAAGCUUAAAGUUCCGUCUCAGAUUUUAGAUAUAUCUAGAGAGGAAUUCUUAGAAAAGCAACAGAAAGAUAGAACUUUAGAUUUGUGUAGAAGGAAAGUUGAGGAAGGUACGAUUAAGCAGUGUAGAGGUAAUGGUUCAGUUAGGUUUGAGAUUAGGAAUAAAUUGUUAUAUAGAGAGUAUAUCGCCAAAAAUGUAGAUAAAAGUAGACAGCUGGUUAUACCUAAAUGUUUUAGGGAAACUGUGCCGAAAGUUGCACAUGAUUCGUUACUGUCAGGUCAUCUAGGUGUAAGGAAAACUAGUGAUAGGGUAUUAGGUGAAUUUUACUGGCCAGGAGUAAUGGCAGAGGUUAGGAGAUACUGUCAGUCAUGUACUAUAUGUCAACGUAUUAUAGCUAAGUGUAAAGUAAGCAAAGUUCCUUUAGGAAAAAUAUCUUUGAUUGAUACUCAGUUUAAGAGAGUUGCUGUCGACAUUGUUGGUCCGAUCGAACCCAUGACUGAAAGGAAAAACAGAUAUAUUUUGACUAUGGUAGAUUAUGCUACUAGAUAUCCGGAAGCCAUAGCACUACCUAGUAUUGAAACUGAGAGAGUAGCAGAGGCAUUAGUAGAUAUGUAUAGUAGAUUAGGAGUUCCAGAGGAAAUGCUUACCGACUGUGGAUCGCAGUUUACGCCAGACCUUAUGGCAGAAGUUAGUAGAUUAUUGUCAUUCAGGCAGUUAACUACAACACCGUAUCACCCUAUGUGUAACGGUUUAGCAGAGAAGUUUAACGGUAGUUUAAAGCAAAUAUUGAAGCGUAUGUGUAGUGAAAGACCUAGAGAUUGGGAUAGGUAUUUUAAUGCUAUGUUGUUUGCUUACCGUGAAGUUCCGCAAGAAAGUUUGGGUUUUUCUCCCUUUGGGUUACUUUACGGCAGAACAAUCCGUGGACCGAUAACUGUUCUCGGAGAGUUAUGGGCUGGUAAGAUGGAGAAUGGUGAGGUUAAAACCACUUACCAGUAUGUUAUGGAUUUGCAAGAAAAGUUGGAGGAUACGUGUAAGAUAGCUUAGCAACAGUUAGCGAAAAGUAGUGCUAGAUACAAGAAGUAUUACAAUAGGAAGGCUAGAAAUAGGAGGUUUAAGGCAGGUGGUAAGGUACUUGUAUUGUUACCUACGAAACAUGAUUAGUUGUUGUUACAUUGGAAGGGUCCUUACGUAGUAGUAGAGGUAGUAAAUAGACUAGAUUACAGGAUAGAUGUAGACGGAAAGUUGAAAACUUUUCACGAAAACAUGCUGAAACAGUACUGUGAAAGGAAGGAUGAUAGUAAGUCUAUAUUAGAUAAGGGUAUAUUAAGUAAGAUUGGAGCAGCUAUUGUAGAGGAGGAUCAGAGAGAUUAUGAUAGAUUAGAUCCGAAUGAAAGUAGUGAUGAGUUGUCGAGUAGAGUAGGAAAGGAUAUAGUUUUAUGUCCUAUAAAGUAGGGUACAGAAACGUAAAAGAUGUAGAGAUAAAUUCAGAGAUACCGGUAGUAUGUAAGCAGGAAGUAGAUUUGUUAGAAAAUUUCUCAGAUAUUGUCAGAUAUUUAUUAUAUAUAUAUAUAUUUUUAUUGAUAUUUUUAAGUUUAUCCCAUAUUUUGCCGCCAUUGCAGUUCCACUCACAGAUAUGACGAAAAAGGGUCAGCCAAAUCUUGUAGAGUGGGGUGAAAGUCAAGAAAAGGCUUUCCAGACUUUGAAGGCUAGCUUUAUGGGUCCGCCUAUUUUGAAGUUGCUAGAUUUAGAUAAGACUUUUAUAUUGAGAGUAGAUGCUUCAGAUGUAGGUUUAUGCUCUGUAUUGCUUCAGGAACGUGAUGGAGAGAAAUUACCUGUAGCGUAUGUUAGUAGGAAAUUGCUACCUAGGGAGCAAAAUUACUCCGUGAUAGAGAAGAAGUGUUUAGCGAUAGUAUGGGCAGAAGCUAAGUUUCACUGGUAUUUGUUCGGUAAAGACUUGUCUUAGAAACAGAUCAUCAGCCGCUCACUUACUUGAAUAAAGCUAAACUUAGCAAUUCCAGGUUGAUGAGAUGGGCAUUGGCAUUGCAGCCAUAUAGGAUCAGUAUUAGAGCAAUUCCUGAUAGAGAAAAUGUAGGUGCAGAUUAUUUGAGUAGAGUGUUGACAGGUGGCUAUAUUAUAUUGUGUACAGAUAGUAACAGUGUAUUUUUGUUCUUUACAGUACGUCAUUUUGUUUUCAUCUAAGAAAAUUAUAAAUUUUCCUUUAAAAGGGGGACGUGUGUCACAAACUGACAUACGGGCCUCAAUGUAUCUGUAGUUUAAAUACAGGUAUUGCAUCAUCUUUUGUAUUUUUUUUUAGUUAUUGAGGUAAAUGUCAGAUUUUACGCAUAAAAUACCUCUCAUGUUUUUCCCCAAAACACUAUAAUGGGCCAUAAAUUGUCCAAUUUCAAUCCGCGCCAAAGUAGUAAGAUUUCCCGGCUAUAUCGUGAGCCCGUGAAAAUGUUAAUAGUCUGAGUUCAUGCGUAUGUCGUGAGUCCCAUGAAAUUUAGUAUUUGGCGGGACAUAUCCCUACAAAUAGACUGGACUAGAUAUGCCUAGUGCACACCAUUUUCGACAUUAGACGACUUUACGUCAAAUUGAUUUUUCUUGGUAGAAAUUUAUGCUCGAUCGAGCUUCUUCCACCAGACGACUUUUACCUGGCGAUGAUGUCACGACCCGGAAGUACAAUACCAGCGGUUCACUUGUCUUCACUCGCCUGGUUGUGAUUUUCCCAGCGCAGAGCUUUCGUCCCAUGGUUGUGCCGUAACCGCAAAGACGAUGACUUUUGCAACAACUGAAACAUCUCAGGGAUGCAAACACCUACCAUCAUAGGGAGCCAAAACGGAGUCACAGUUUUCACGGUUUAGAGGGACUUUACUUGAAGAUAUGUUGCUUAUUUCUUGUGCUACUUAAAGUUCGAAGUUAACGGAAACACCUGGGUCACGGAACUGUUAGUGUUAGGACUUUAUACCUGUUAAAAGAGAUACUGAGCUGAGACUUUUUUUUUUUUUGGUUCAUUGUUUCUUACAAUAAGAUUUUUUUCACUUUUCAUUUAUUCAUUGUAAAUAAUCAUUAUAAUCAUUUUCUGUAAAUAAAUUUGUAAAUAUUGUAAUGUGUGUUGAUUUGUUCUGGUAGUUAUUGUCCCCGGUACGUCCAUCCUAUCACUAAAAGUUAAUCUAUUUUUAAUAGACAUACCUUAAAUGCAUAUGCUUAAUUAACUAAAAUACACAUUUUACAUUUUUCAAAAAAUAUGACCCUCAGUCACAAACUGUUAGAAUAUUAAGACAACGGAUAUGAUUGACAUUCCUGUUCAAUUGACUUGCA